GCGGCCAUUCUACUUGGUUAGGCUGCAUAGAUUUGAAGGAAUAUAGGAUUGGUUUAUAAUACUGGGCAGUUAGUUAUUUUAAAAGAAAAAAAAUUAUGUUUUAUUGAGUUCCCUUAUAUUACCAGAUGAGCCAUUGUCCCAUAGAACAUUUAAAUCCCAAUUCCCAAAACUCCAUAUCCUAUGUUACCUCAGAUUCUGUGAUUAGUGUAUCUUUCGCAGAUUGUCGGUCGUCUAGUCCUUCAUACCACUCGCUGUCAUCAAGUACGACUCUCCCUGGUGUUGGCUCUUUUUUGGAUAAAUCAAAUCAUCUUCCACACUAUUCUCCUAAUAAAUAUUAUGAUCCAGAACCUACCACAAUUACGAGACACCCUUAUGUUGAAAACACUGGCAUUUUUGAUAGCAAUCCUCCUUAUCCAAUAAAAUCGGAGAACAUUCAUGAGAUAGCAUCCGGAACGUUUAUUACUCCAGAUGCACAUAACCAAUCAUGUUUCGUAUCUCCUCUACAACCUCUGAAAUCACUAAACCCAAGCCUUCCUGUUCAGUCUAACGAAUCUUCGCUAAAUGGUUUCACUCAUCCACUUUCUAUGGAUCAUACUGUUUUAGAAGAUGGUGGGUUAGAUUUGGAUCGAGUUUUCGUUGCCAUUAUUAGUGAUCGAAACUCUGAGCAUGAUAUCUUUAGUGAAACUGAUGAUGUUAAUGGUGAUAAUGAACAAUGUUCGGUCAACAAAUCAAAUCCCUGUAACAAACAGUUGCUUAAUAAUAGUAUUCAGUCAUCUGUUAAUCAAAGUAUGCUGACGGACGAUUCCGAAGACAAAAGUUUAUUACAGUACUAUUCUGUUGGGGAUGCUGAAAAAACAAGUCAAUAUGAAACCCAUCCGGAAACACCCCCCGUUUCAGAAGUUGAACAAGCACAUAAAUCGUCUGGAUCAUCUGAAGUUCCGACCCGAAUGUGCGUAGUCUGUGGUGACAAAGCUUCGGGAUUCCAUUACGGUGUUUCAACAUGCGAAGGUUGUAAGGGGUUCUUUCGACGUGCUAUACAACGUGAUCAGUCAUAUACUUGUGCGAAAAAUGGUACAUGCGAGAUAAAUAAAACACUUCGAAAUAAAUGUCAGCAAUGUCGACUCCUCAAGUGUAUUGCUGUGGGAAUGUCAAGAGAUGCUGUUCGUAAAAGACGUCAUGGAAAAAAACGUCAAGAGUCUUCUUGUUGUGAAUCCCUUACUUUGCUUUGUUCAGAUUCUUCAAAUAAAUAUGAAACUUCAACAUAUUCAUCAAGUUCUACAGAUUUAGUUUCAACUCCAUCUGAAACACAUUUAAAUGAAACUACACUUAAUUCAUAUGAAAUGUCUAUAAAAUCAAUUAACGUUCAAACAUCAUCUUCAUCAAUACCAUCUACUAAUAUUUCUGUAACCUUAUGUAAUAAUACUAACAAUAUUUUGACUAAAGAAGAUCAACAAACUCUAGACAAAUUUGAUCAUUUUUUAAAUUAUUGUAAAGAUCAAGCUAUCAAAUAUCAGGCAAAUAAUUGGAAUACUUCUAAAUCUGAUUAUUAUAAUUUAUCUGGAUCUUUGUCAAGGCAUUUAUCUCCCAUAAAGCAUACUGCGCAUGAAUUAGGUGAAUCAUUAAAACUUCUUACAGUGGAUGAAAUAUUUUGUCCGGCUCAACUUAAAUUUACCCAUGAAUUCGCCUAUCAUUUAGAACAGUUCAUACGACUUUCUCAGCAUGAUCAAGCUAUUCUAUUAAGAGAUUGUUUACCUGAACUUGCGUUAUUAAUGUUAUGUCGUGAAACUCGAAAUAAUAUGCAUAUGCACUCUUCAUCUACUACAUCAAUGAAUUAUCGAUUGAAUUGUUUAUUUAGUCCAUGGUUUCCAAAUGCAGUGGUUACCGAUUCUUCUUUGGAUUGUUUACAUAUGACUUGUGAUAGUAUAACUGCUCAAAGUAUUUUUCAAUUUGCUUCAAGACUUCAACGUUUACAUUUGACAAAUAUGGAAUUUGGACCACUUAUUGGUGUGAUACUUUUUACUCCAGAACGUUCUGAUCUAUUGGAUAUUGAUUUUGUUAAUCGUACACAAAAUUUAUGGGCUGAAUUAUUACGUCGUUAUUGUGAAAGCAAUGGUUCACAAACACGUUGUGCUCAUUUAAUUAUGAUUUUAUCGACACUACGUGAACUUGCCUCUAAAAUAACGCAUAAUUUAAAUGCAUGGCAUAAAUUAUCCAAUACACCAAUGUCACAUUGUCUUAAAGAAUUUCUUUAUUCUUCCAGUUUUAAUUCAAUGGAUGAUUGUUUUUAAUGUUUGUUUACAUUUUAUAAUUAUUAAAUCUUUUUCUCUUAGUGAAUAAUAAUAAUAAUUAUAAUCAUAAUAAUACUAGUA